CAUAGCCGUAAUGGUUUGAAGAAUUAUGGGAGUACGUGUUACUUAAAUGCAUUUUUGCAGCUUUAUUUUCGGUUCAAGGAACUUCGAAAAGCAAUAUAUGAUAUCCCAUCACAAGCUGACGAAACCGGUAUAAUACACCAGCUACAAUUAAUAUUCAGUCAACUUCAGUUAAACAAUUCAGGGUAAAUUUGUUUAUUCAGAUUACUUUGAAGCGAUUUCUCUCUGUUUUAACACAUACUUAUUUAAAUAUGUGUGUAUGUAUAUCGACACAAAGUGUGUUUGUACAUUCCACUUUUUAGAUUCUGAUAUUUGUAACUGGUGGAUUUUAAGUUGGAAAAAUCCAGGGUGAAAACAGAAAUAUUUGAUUCGGACGUUAAACAUUUUAUUAUCACUAUCACCUGCUUGCUUCGCUUCUACUCGAUUUUAUGGGACCCCAUCAUCUUUCUAGUUGGCGGUAAUUAUACGUUGUGUCAUAGGUAGUUCAAAAAUCGUAAAUACACAUCUAAUAAAUAUAACAAAUUUCGAUUAGGCUUUUAUUCUUCAACAAUUAACUGUCCAUUUAAAGGAACUGAUGUGCAACUAUGAGUUUACAAAUGUAUCUAUAACCACUACUAAUAGAGUUGUUUAGAAUGAGGUUAAUGGCAGUCAAAGUGUUGGCAAAUCAUACUUCAAUAUUUCUCCUUUUUAUUGUUUAUAUAUGUAGUCGACAUUGUUUCUUGUUUGAAAUUGAACAACUCUUCAUAAGCUAUUAAUUAUUCAAACACUGAACUUUUCAACUUCAACUUCCUCCUUUUUUAGACAUUGUGGGCAUUGUGUUAUUCAUUUUAUUAGUGAUUGACAUUAAUCACCACUCACCUUGUAUUUUUUUUCAUUUCUUAGUAUUGUUGAUCCAGGAGGUUUGAUUGAAGCAUUGCGGUUGUGUGAUACAGAGCAACAAGUAAGAAAAUACAUGUUUGCGGUAUAUACAUGCUGAUUUUAAUCGCAUAAGACAUUACUGACAAUUCACAGUAAUUUCUUAUUUAAAUUCUUCCAAACAACGAAUUUGCUGCAUUUUUUAAAAAUUGUGUUAAUUUUUUCAGGAUGCUCCUGAGUUCCAUUGUUUAUUUAUGAAUUUAUUAGAAGCACGUUUCCAGCAAGUUGGUGUAUCUGUUAUUGACGACUUGAUUAGAGGAGAAUAUAUUUAUGAAAAUAGCUGUCUGAAAUGCGGUUUCACAUCUCGGUUACCUUCAAAGUUUUUAGAACUAUCAUUGAAAGUUUCUUCAAAGUCACUUCCAGAUUGUAUACGGGAUUAUUUAAAGGAAGAACAAUUAGUUGGCGACAAUCAGUAUGCUUGUUCACAGUGUGGUUGUAAACGAGAUGGUAUUAGGAGAGCCUAUAUAACACGUGCUCCACCAUUGUUAUGCAUUCAGUUGCUUAGAUUCACCUACGAUUCAAACACUGGUCAACGUAAAAAGUAUAAAGCUUCUAUUCGUCUGCCUGAUCUUCUUGAGUUGACAAAAGUUGUUGAAAAUCCAAAAAGUAAUAAACAUCUGAAUUGUGAACAUUCUGUGGAAUGUUUGAGUGUAGAUUCAGAUCCAUGUCAUCGCUCAUAUCGUCUCUGUGGUGUACUUUUACAUAUUGGCAACCAACCAACAUCAGGACAUUAUAUAGCUGUUCUUAGAGAUUCUUACAAAAGAAUCAAUUUAUCAGGUGAUAAAAACACAGAAUCAAGUACUGAAGAUGAUCCUUCUUUAAAAUCAAAUGAAUGUUGGAGUGUUUGCAAUGAUAUAGAUGUCUUCAACGUACCGUCAAAUCAAUUUAAAUUAGCAAAAAUUAACGGAUCAGCUAAAUCAUUGCAAAGCUAUCUAGCCACUACUGAAACAUCGGAUUCAUCAAUAAACCUUACUAAAUCUGAUCAAUCUUCUGAAAAGUGUUCUAGUCGUAGAGCAGCCAAAAAACCUCGUCAUGAUACUUCCUCAAAUGAUCUUAGUUUCACUGACCUUAAUGAAAGUAGAGAUUCUACAACUUCUAAGUGUAUGUCACAGGACGAUUUAUGGCAUAGUUCAACUAAUGCGUAUAUGGUAUUUUAUGAAUCGGUGGAUAAUUGUAAUAUGGAUGAAGAUAUUACAGUUCCUAGUGACUUACGCAAAACAAUUGAAGAAGUAAAUUUAACUGAACAACAAAAGCUUCUAUCUGAACAACAAAAUAAAGUAAAUCGUAAAAAUCAAUUACUUGAAAUACUAUCCAACCUGAAAUUACCUGAUCCUAUCAAUUCAUCACCGAAUAAUAGUACUUCAAUAUCAAUAAAUCCUCUCGAUAAUGUAUCUUUGGUAUCAACAUCGUGGUUAUGUGAUUGCCUUAAUAAUCCGUUGUUAUUGGGAGAUGCAUGCUUAACUGAUGCUCAGAUAAAAUCGCUUUCAAAACUCAGAGACUACAUAUUUCCCUCUUCUUUAUCGAAUCAAUCAUCUUAUACCUUACGCACCUGUUCACAUGGCCAUGCUCCUACAGAUCUUGUUGCAGGUUCAUACAGAGCUGUUUCUAGCGAAGGUCUUAAGAAGCUUAUUGAGAUUCUCUUCCCAAAAUCAUUUGAUGCCAUUCAAUCUGAAGAUGAUAGGUUUAAUCGAUUUCAACCGUGUCGAAAGUGUAUUACACUAAAUAUCGCAUUAUUAAAAGUUGAAAAUGCAAUUAAAGAAUUAUCUAAAGAAUUGGACUAUUUUAUAAAAACUAAUCAUUUGUCUUCCUCAUAUUAUAAACGUCUUCAAAGUCAAAAGACAGACUCAAUUCCUUUGAAUCCUGAACCUGGAUAUUAUUUAAUUGGUAAGAGAUCUCUUCGUCAAUGGAAAACUCUUGCACGUCAUUUCACACGAGCUUUUUACUCUGAUUAUGAUGAUGAUUCUAAGUCACCAACAACUGGCCAUCAUACACAAACAACAUUUAAUCAUGAUAUUCUUUGUCCUCACGGUCAAAUUUGUACAGAAAAUACACGUUAUUUACCAGCCGUACUUUGGCAUAAAUUAGUCGAUUUAUUUCCUGGUGUAAAGAUUCCUACAUUCCCUAUUUAUAUUCCUUAUGACAAUAACAAUAAUGCAUCUAUCAAUUCCAUUAGUAUAUUCAAUAAAUCAGAGUCAUCUUGUUCUGAAUGUAACGCAGUACAAAAUGACUUGACAAAACGAGCAUUAUGUGAACGUCAAAUGCUUCCUGGCUUAUUCUUGUCAAAUGUUCAACGUAUGCGACUUUUACACUCUACCGGUCAAACAGUAAAUACAGCUGUAAAUAUAAAAGAAGACACUUUAAGCGAAUGCAAAUUUAACUUUGAAGGGGUCAAUAAUUCUAAGUCAGAAAAUUUAAACGGUCAUUCUACAGAUACCGAUAAGAAAUUAAAUAAUUUAAAUACCAACGUUCUUUACUUGAUUCCAAUGAAUUUUAUUAUACAAUGGAGAAAAUUUAUUCGAAAUCCAACAGCAGAUAAUUUACCUAGUUCGCUAUUAUCUGGCUUUAACUCAGAUGGCGUGCUUUGUGAACAUGGCCAAAUGCUAAAAACAUGGCAUGCUCUUAUAAAUGAGUCAAUAUUGUGUCCCUUAACUUUUUAUGAAUGGGAUGUCUUGUCUCACGCAUAUCCCCAUCGUUUUAAGGAAAACGAAAUACCUUUGGAUCAUGAUGGACCGGAGACAAAAAUAACUUUCUAUCCACCGAUGUAUUUACUUCCACAGAAUGAUUCUGAACUGAAGUGGAGAUUGGAACCAUCAUCUUAUGGCAGUUUAUGCCCAAAUUGUCAACCUGAGAUAAUCAGUGAUCAGAUUUUUAAUAAUGCUAGAAUCCGUAUACGUCUGGUAUCUGGAUUCGAUGAAGCAUUAAGUAGUUGCGUCCAGUCAAAACUCACCUCUGUUCAGGAAUCCUUGAAUUGUGUGCCACAGGAUUUUCAAACUGACACAGAAAUUUGUGCUCAACCAACAACUGACAUCAUAAUUCCGAACAAUUCUGAUCAGGUUGGUGCAACACAGACAUGGGUUUUGACAGUCGAUCCGAAAUUAGUAUUUGCACCGUAUGUCAGACUUUCAAGUACAAUACUCGAAUGCUUUAUGGUAGGUAUGCGGCAUGGGGAUAAGGGGCUGUAAAAUUUUACUUAACGAAAAGGAACCCCAUGUUUUGUCAACAUUAGUGUCGUAACUCCUAAGGAAGCAAACUUCAGCGUGGUUAGUUUACGUGCUCUCCACGCCAACUAACCAUUAAUAUCGUGUUUAAUAAGUCUCCGUAUGUGCUAUUACAAGCAAACUGCGUUGCUUUAGCAAUAAUCGUGCUGCUUUAUAACUUAUUAUUUAAUAAUUUUAGGGUUUUCCUAAAUAAAAUUGUAAAUAUUUUGUGUCACAUGUAAUUCAGUGCCCAAUUAUGAUUUUUUUCGACUAAAGUCAUCCACUAUAAACGAUACCUUGUUUGAUAACAUCUGUUUUCUUUAAUGUUUAUAAUACUAUUCUGGUUAUAAGUGAAACUUUCUUAAAAUACCCUAAAUAUUCUAAUUCUUGAAAAGGAAAAUUGAAAUAUACAUUAACAAUAAAUUUAACAGCUUCCAUCUUUUUUUACUUUUCAAUUGUUUUAACUCAAUGAGAUGAAUCUUAUUUAUGAUAUAUCACCACAGUUUGUUUCAAACAAUCGAACCGCACAUUAACUUGUAAAGAUAUUUAUCUAUGGGAAAUAAAAGUUCAAACCAGACAAACUGUGAGAUAAAAGAAAAUAAGGAGCAAAACAAUAUGAACCACAGCACUCUAGAAAAAUCAACUAAUUGACUGACUUACCAGAUAACUGAGUAUAAGCCAUACUGUAAGUGUUGGGACCAAUAAUACUACUUGGUUGCCCUAACCGAAGUAGGAUGUGCGGGAUUCGAACUUGGUACUUAAGGUUUGAAAAUUAUACGCUAUAAUUAGCAGCCCAUCGCUCCACGCCAUUCUGAAUAACAAAACAAUACUACAAGGAUAGGUUGGCGUGAAUAUAUUUGCCUUUGAACAUUGAGGGGAGUUGGGAAUUUUUAUGUCAUUUACAAGUCAAUGUGAUCGAAUUGUCUGAAAUGCACUACUUUAGUAUACUAAAUUGUUCUGAUAAACUUCGUCUUUUCAUUGGUUAUUAUCUAAAUUUAUCAAAGAAACAAAGGUUUUCAAAUUCACGUAACAUUAUGAGCUUCUCUUGUACUUCUUAUCGUGUUUUCUUUUGUUGAAAAAUUCUUUAUUUAGGAAAUGGAUAAUGUGAGAGAAAUAAAAGAUUAUUUCAAUAAACGAUGUAAUAAUUUAGAAUUAUCCAAUUCUGUUAGCAAAGAUAUCACUCCACGUCUUUCAUCAGUUAAUGAAACUAGUGUAAUAGACCAAUUACCUUUAUCAUCUAAUCAUCAGCAUCAACAUGUGCUUUAUGAUAAUACAAAUAGUCAAUUAUCUAAUCAACAUUUAGAGUCUUCAUCUACAAAUUAUAUUAGACGUUCUUCACGUCAACGUUUUAAUCCUAAAGAUUUAUUGAUCAAAGUGAACAGUAGUGAUACUCUUCUUAAUGUGAAAGUACAAAUUAUGCAAAAUUUAGGUGUUAUCCCUUCCGAUCAACAUAUUAUGUCAAAUGGUCUAGAACUUACUGACCAUACGAAAACAUUACAAGAGUUAAGUAUUUGUCCCAAGACUAUUCUCUAUUUAUGGUCAGAUGAUCCAACAUGGAAUCCUAAUCGAACAAGUUUUGAUAAUGGUACAUUCAAGUUAACGACACAAAAGUUGAAAUCAAAUAGUCCAUGUAAAUCAAACUCUGAAUCAAUUCAUACAGAAUCAGGAUUCAAAGGAACCCGACUGCUUGAAUUUUAACCGGAUGGUUUUUUUAUUGCUUCAGUCUUUUCUCUACUCUAAUUAACCACUUUUCCAGUUGUCCUGCUUUUUUUUAUCUUCCAAACCCAAUGAUUAUAUAUAUACAUGUAUUUCUUGUUUGCUACUAAUAUUUUAUGUCCUGAAUGAUAAAGAUGCAUGACUUGAACAAUGUCGUAGAUCUAUGACAUAAUUAUAAUAACUUAUGACUAAUCAAGUAUUUUUGCAUGUUUACUUUUAUUUUCAAAAUUGUUAGUUAACAAAGAUUUGAAUCUGUAAACUUAUAUUUGUAUAUAUUCACUGUAUACUUUGAAUCGUACAAUUUAACUCUGGUUUCGAUUAGACGAAAAAGCAUAAUUAUGUCCAAUUAAUUCAUUAAUUAUGGUUAGUUAGUCAGAUAAACAGUGGG